CAUACAUCAUAAGAACAACAUUAUUUAUUUUCAAAUUUUGUGACUAAUUGUGAAGCUUAAAUUCAUUGUACAUUAUAAAUGUUCACAUAUUACACUGUAAACCGAAUGAAAUGUGAACCUCUGAAACCACUUCAUAUUGUAUUUGCACUGGAAAUGCAAAUUUACAUAGCAGAACCAGUAUGUUGCGCUUGUUGGACACUGCAAACAAAGCCUGAAUGGUAUUUCUCACGGGGGAAAUUCCAGUUUUUCCUGGCUAUGAGCAAUAAGCAUCACGUGAUUGUCACUAAAAUACACGAUAUAUAAUGGAUUGAAGGCGCGCUGUUCUUCACUGUUGCAAUACUACAGCAACUGAUGAAAACGUCUAUCAUCACUCUGUUUGCACGCUAACAGGCCAUACACAGCUUUUCAACUGUAAACCAGGAAUAUUUUGGUGCUCAUCAUGGAUGUACAGCGUGGACAUUGCUGGAGAUGUGAGAAAGUUCUUCCACAGCUGACUGUGCCUUGCAGCCGCUGCAAUGUGGCUGUCUACUGCAGCACACCAUGCCUGGACAACGAUACGGCUAGACACAGCUCUGUUGAGUGCCGGAUGUUUGGGCCACGACGAUGCGGCAAUUGUGGAAAAACUCCUCCUAAUAUGAAAGAGUGUGCCAGUUGCAGUAAUGAAUGGUACUGCAGCAAGGAAUGCCAACUGACUGACUGGAAAUCCCACAAGCCAUCAUGUAAGGAAGCUAAAGAUUCAAUGAAAACAUUGGCAGAGAAGCUCUACCAGCAGCGCUCUGCCACAGACAAGACAAGCAAGGACUUUCCCUAUUACAUUGGUAACAUCUUUGCCGAAGACUUCCUUCAACUUGAGGGCAAUGAAUUAACAUCUGGAGUGAAGGAAGACAGCUUGGCGAGAGAUUACCAUAUUUUGUCAGUUGGUUGUGGAAACCUGCGCAAUACAGUUUUGACGGCUGCUUCCUUGCCUGAUGAGUACCAGGGAAAACUUCACAUCACCCUCAAUGACUACGACCCUUUUGUCAUGGCAAGGAAUGUGCUGUUUCUCUUCAUGUUUGUCCGCUUUGCAGACACUGACUACAUUGCUUCCAGUUUGACAACCAUCUGGUACUCACUCCAUAUUUCUAAGAGAGACUACGACUUGAUCAAGACAACCUUGGAAGAACUCAUUCAGAUGAGUGCUCAGCAACUCCAUGAUGUCACCAAAGGACUGGUAACUGUCCUGGAUGAAGACCUGAGCUCUCUGUGUGGGAUUUGGGGAAAGUGGCGAUCAUUAGAAUGUCAACGUCACAAAAGCACCUCAAUCAAUCUGAGGCAACAAAGGAUGGAGCAAUUUCAGAAGGCAAACAUGGCACAAAACUUAUCUUCCUAUUUCAAAGAGUUAUCUGGCACUGAGAAGAAGAAGGUACAAGAGUGGUUCGACCAUGCACUGUUUUUUUCAACUGAAAGAAAAGAAAAGAAUAUGCCAUUUGACAACCCAACGCUAACUGGACGUGAGCCUCUGCAUACGUUUAAAGCACCUGAAGAGUCCAAGUUUGUUUACAGUGUAAACGCAGAUGCAUUUCCCUACCAAGAGUGGGACUGUUUGAGAGUAAGAGAGCACACCCCUGGAUCCCACUCCUCUCCGAUGGUGAUGUACCACAAGUACGUGACAAACCUCCUCCAGAAAGUCAAGAGUCUCAUCCUUCAAGGAAGGCUCCUUAUCCAGGUCUCCUUGGCAAACUGUCUGGACUUUCCGAAUCACCAUCAAACCAUGAACAUGUCCAACUAUGACCGAAUCUUCACCUCCAACAUCGCUGACUAUGUCGGCAUUCCUAGGCUUCUCCACACAUUCAAGCCCCUUCUCAAUCCUACUAACAGCUUCUCGGUGAUUGUGACCGAAUACAUGAAUUGGCUCAGAUAUAUACCGAAAGCUGAUACAAAACUUGCGUUCAUGCUUCAGCAAAUGUCCCUAAAGUUUUUGGAAUGUGGUGCUGCAUUCAGUGAAGAUACCCAAAAAAACUACCCCAUCGGCCCCAGCAACUUACGCGAGUAUGAUGACAACACCUCCUACUUUCUCCAAUAUCUCCGAGCAGAUAUCAUGGCAGGGGGACGCGGGAUUCCAGCACUCCAAGCUGUUCCUACAUUCAUGAGUGUGAAGAAGUACCACGGUAUGGAAAUGCGGAACUUUAGGACGGGGCUGAACAAGCUGGUACCAUUUAUGUAUCGUAAGAAUGCUAGGGAUCUUACUAUGCUGAAUGGUAGUGACCGAGCUGUAGAGUGGUGUCUGCCUAAAAGUGAUGCUUAGACAGAUAUCUCCGGGCAAAUUGCGGCUUCCUGAAUCUAACACUUUGCCAUAAACCAAGUGACCUAUCUAAUAAGCCUCGUAUUAUUUGACCAAUCAUAGUGGAGCGCUGUGGUCCAAUGGUUACAGUGUUUAACUGUGGUCUAGGGCAAGACACUUCACUACAAUUGCCUCUCUCCACCCCAUAGUAUAAAUGGGUACCUAUGAAGGUACAGAGACCAGAAUGCACUGAAGGGAACACAGUGCUGUGAAGGUAGAGAUCAGAAUGCACUGAUCUCUAGCUCCAGCAAAAACUGGUCUCAUAGCCUGAUGAACAGGGGUAACAAUUGUGAUGCUCUUUCAGAACCUUGGUAUAAAGUGCUAUAUAAGUACGGCAUUAUUAUUAUACAUUGUACUUAUUAAUGUCCAACAUGUAUCAUGUACAGUAUAUGAUGCACGGGGCUGGAACACGUAGUGUGGCAUUAUUGGAGAGAAGCACCACGCGUGCAUUAUUCGUGACUUACUGGAGUGGUCUAUUGCAAGUACAUGAACAAAACCUGGGAUAUCAAACAUUCCAUUAACUAAUCUAACCCCUCCAAGGGUUCCUCAGGACUAUGCUAAAUCAAACAGAGUCCAAUGGUUACUUCUUGCUCAAUCCAACAGAUUUAGUGGUCUGCUGGAUCCUACAGAGUCCAACUUGGUGUUAUUUAUCAGUACCCAACGGAAUCUGACUCUGUAUGUACAUGUACAUUUGUAC